UAAUUGAAUUUUCUUAAUUAUUCAUAAUGUCUAAAGGUGCAAAAGAGGUUAUAGACCUGGACAAGAGUAAGGAAGAUAAAGAAUCGACUAUGAGGAAGAAUAAUAGAAAAUCAUUGUAUGUGCUUCUUAAAGGAGAGGUCAGGAAAUACCCUCCUGAUGAAAGCCUCAAAAUUAUCAAAGAAGAUGAACCAACAAGGAAAUUAUUCCUGCAGCCUUCUAAAGUCUUUAGCUUUGGGCAUCAAAGGUCAGCUGCAAAGCACAUUUCACGACCUCGAACAAGUAUUAAUGGAUCUGCUCAAAAUCAUAGAAGAGGGACUAGUGCUGGUUGAAAGCAAGGAAGUGGGCAUUAUUACAAACCUAGCCAAAAAAUCAGGCAAGUGCUCAAAAAUACCAGAACAAACUCUACAGGACAGUUUUCGACCAGAAACAAACGUAGUUUUUACAAACAAAACAGAGCAACUGAGAAGCUUGCUGUUAUCUGUGGUCAAAAACUUAUGAUCCAAAGAACCAAUGGAGAAGAUCUAGGCAAGAACAAUGGUAAAAGCCACCAUGAACAACUUCAGAGUCUUCUAAAUGAACCUGGUCAGGUAGCAGAAAGUUUAUUAACCCAAAAAUCCUCCCUUCCCACCCGACCUAAUUUUCAAUCUAAAAGAAGCACCCGCCCAAUGACCACCAGCUUCACAGAGUCUGGUCUAAGAGCUACUGGCUUAGAGACGAACCCCUCAAAAUUGACUCUAAAAGAUUCCUUUUUGGUAUCCAAUCAAGGCACAAAACUCACAACAGGGCUGGGUAAUAUCACAGAUGGGAUGACCCCUUCACGUUAUAUUUCUAAAAGAAAUUUACUUGACAUGUCAAUCCUUGAGAGUUACUCAAAUUUUGAACAUGUCAAUAAAGAUCAAGACAAAGCUGAGCUCAAGGAGUAUAAUAGGAUCAGAGAUAAGUUGUUGGCCAAUGAAGUUACUGAAGAAAGCUAUAAUUUUAUUGAUAAUAAAAGAGUGCUGAAUAAGCUGAAAAGAGAGUUCUUUAAGUCUCAGUUUUCUUCAACACCAAAAUGUAACUUAAUGGCAGCAAAGGAUUCAAGAAUGCGCUCUGCUGAUAAAUUGGUGAAUAGAGAUAUUGUGAUUUCUAUUACGGAGGAUAUUGAGCAGUUCUGACCGAAGUAUGACCUGGGUAGUGAUCCAAUGAUAAUUCAAAGCUUAAAAAUAAACUCAGAAAAUAAGACUAAAACUCCAAAAGCUCCUCAAAAACUAAAAUGUUUUCUAAAUAAAUUAAGCAAGAGAUUAAAAAGAAGCCCUAGCUCUUGAAAGUCAGCAAUAAACCUCCGCCAACAAAAAUCAUCGAAUCGAUUAGCCAAACCUCGCAUACAUUGAAAAAGCAUCCUCCCUAAAUAAAAGAGAGAUUAGAGAUACACCCUAUGUCACAACAAAAGGACUAAAAGGAAAAUCAACUGCAUCUCCUCCACAAAAUUUAUUAACACACUGCAAGGGCAGAGUCAGGAACAUCUUUAUCAACCCCAAGUACAACGGCGUCCACAAACAAUAUGGCCUUAAGAAGAAGAUCAGCAUUAGCUUGCUCAAGGAUUUUGACUUUAAGUAAUUUAUGUGUUAUUCUGAAGGGG